AUGUCUUUCAAACCUAUUUCGAACUGGUCUGGUGCCACAUCUGGUGAUGAUGGACACCUUCACGUUUGUCCGCCCAAAAAGAGCCACAAUGCAACUCCACCUCACUCUUCUUCGAACUUGUCGACUCGCGUCUCGGCAGGGUCUGAACCGUCUCCUGAAAUCAGAGCCGAGGAUUCGAUCGCCUCCGUUGCUACUUCGCAGGAGACACAAGAGAAUAAACCACGUCAAAGAACUUCACCAAUUCAAGGAACCCCGUCCAACGACCCUACGAGCCCCCAAACCAGCAUGACCCAGGCAAGAACAAGCAGUGAGGGUGAUAGAAGAGCGGAUUGGGAUUCCCGUCGCGGAUCGACCAUGACAGAUGUUUCCCAACAAGCGAGAGAGCCUAGCCCUCCUUGGCAGCACCCCGGCUCUUUUUCACCGAGCUCCCCCCUGCUCCGCGAGGUUGGAAGUGUCAUGUACUCCCAUCCUCCAGAGUGCUAUGGCUCUUUUGACUCGCUGGAGGGCGAGGCCCACCAGCUAAGUGGAGACCGUGAACAGGAGGAGAACAUUUCGGCGCCAUCACAUCAAGAGGAACGACCCCGACCACCCUCUCUGGGAUGA